CAUGGGAAUCCUCUUUACCCGGAUAUGGAGGCUGUUUAACCACCAGGAGCACAAAGUGAUAAUAGUUGGGCUUGAUAAUGCAGGAAAAACUACUAUUCUUUAUCAGUUUUUGUGAUAGUUGUUGUGGAUAGCACAGACAGAGAGAGAAUUUCUGUAACUAAAGAAGAACUGUAUAAAAUGUUAGCACAUGAGGACUUGAGAAAAGCAGGCUUGCUCAUCUUUGCUAACAAACAGGAUGUUAAAAACUGCAUGACGGUAGCUGAAAUUUCUCAGUUCCUGAAACUAACAUCUAUUAAAGAUCACCAGUGGCACAUCCAGGCAUGCUGCGCUCUUACUGGCGAAGGAUUAUGCCAAGGACUUGAAUGGAUGAUGUCAAGACUUAAAAUCAGAUGAUUCUAACUCUGCACAAAUAUUGUACAAAAGAGAACUGGCUAUUUGGCUGUGAAUUAUUGGCUUAUGUAUAUUUAUAAAAACAAGAUGACUUUUUUUUGCUACCUGAGGGGAUUUCAAACAAGAGAAAACAAUUGGAAGUUCAGCCUUGACUUCCUUUGAUGAUUUCUUUGAACUGACAUUUAAAUACUGUGGCUGGCCUUUCUUUUAUCAAGAAAUAAUGUGCGGAGAUCAAAUACAAGGAAGGAAUUUUAACCUUUACUUUUUAUUAUUCUAGUCUAACUCACUAAAUUGAAAUGCUGACUUUAUUAUUUCCACAAAUCAGAAAAGAAAAUCAGUGGUACAGGUACUGACUGUCUGGUAUUGAAACCGACUGGGAUGCGUUUCAGAAGUGCAAAAAUGUUCCUAUAUGUGAACUGUAUGUUUUAUGUAAUUAUACCUCAUGUUAAGCUUGAUUAAAAUCUGUUGA